CAACCUUCAUCUCUUUUCUUCUUCUUCGUUUUUUAAAUAUUCUUAUUUUUACUUAUGUCUCUUUAAAAGCGCCUGUGCGUCUAAAUGUGCAUGUGCUGUGACGUCAUUGUGCGGCACCGGACUUUGCUCUGCAGCAGAACCGAUCCCGGUCCGGUUCGAGGCGGGUCGGAACCGACAGUCACUCCGGGCCAGGAUCUACUUUUCGUGUGGAAUGAUCCGAUCAUGGAUCAAUGAGCUGCAGCUGGUAUCAGUUAUUGAUCAGUUUACUGAUAUUAAUGUGACGAAUCAAGGUGGACGCCUGCAGACAGCACGACUUCCGGUGAGGUUUUCAAAAUAAAGGAGCCUCAGCUCUACCUGCUGGUGUUCCACAGGCCCAGCGGCUCUCUGAGGUCAUCUCACCUGGAGGUCAAAGUUCGUGGUGAGGUCAGCUGCAGGUCAGGUCAGCAGUGGUUCUGAUCCGACCUCCUGCAGCCUCAGACGGGUCAGAUGAGGUUCUGGAGUAGAGCAGAACCUCUCUGGUGAUGUUCUGACUUUUAUUUUGAAAGGGUCUUCCUGUUCUUGGUGGGUGGGGCGAAGCUUCCGGUCAGAACCAGAGCAGGCCAAUUUAACCCACUGGCUGGGUUCUGGUUCUGAAUAUCCACGUGAAGAAGCUGUUAGUUUCUCUUGAUCCAAACAAUUAGAACCGGGUCGGUUCUGAUUGUUGUGAGGACUCAGAACCUCAACCAGAACUUUGGGUUUACCAUCAGAACCAAGUGUGACCCGACUCUAUUUGUGUUUCAGCACCAUGGAGGCUCAUCAGAACCGUCUGCAGCAGCUGGCGGAAAAGAGGAAGUGGCAGACGGAGAUGGAGAACAAGCGGCGCCAGCUGGAGGAUGAACGGAGAGCUCUGCAGCACCUAAAGUCAAAGGUUCUGAGGGAGCGCUGGCUUCUGGAAGGACCCGCAGGACCAGACCAGAACCAGGACCAGGACCCGGACCAGGUCGUCCUGGAGGAGGAUGAGGCCAGAACCAGAACCCUGGAAGAGUCCAUCAGGAGGUUGGAGCAGGAAGUCUCCAGUCUGGAAACUGGAGCUGUCUCUCAGACCAUAACACACUCUGUUGUGAUGUCAACACCUGAUCCAGCUGUUCAGGUCAAAGGUCACAACAGAAUGGAGCUGGGCGUAGCUAAGCCAUCAGGUCAGGUGAUCCAAGAGGUCAAAGUUCACAAAAGUCUUAAAGUCAGUAAAUCAAGAGAAGCCCAGGGUGAGAUGAAGAAAGCCAUGUACUCAGUGGAGAUUAAAGUGGAGCGGGACAGAGUGACUGGGGAAACCAGAGUUCUUUCCACUAACACCAAACUUCCUGUCGACCUCUCCGAUCAAGGGGUCAAAGUUUAUGAAGAUGAACAGAAAGUGGUCCAUGAGAUGAACGGGGACGACGCUCACCUGCUCAGCUCCAUUGAGGUGGAGGAGCUCAUCCACAAAGCUGAUGAGGCCUCAGUGAUGUCACAUUCCAUCACCACCGCAACCUCCCUGCCAACAGGAGAAGUCCUGAGGGAGUCGGACCUUCCGCCAGAACCAGGGUCCACACGGACCCCCAGUCACACUUCGGCCAUCGCCACUGCAGAGAUCACGGGGCUGGAGACAGCGGCCUGCGAAGAGCUAGGGGUGGCAGAGGCCAGCGCUGAGAACCCGGUUACCAUGGUGUUCAUGGGAUACCAGGAUGUGGAGGGGCGAGGGGAGACCAGGAAGGUUCUGGGGCUGCAGGGCACGGUGAAGGCGGAGCUGGUGCUCAUCGAUGAUGGAGAUGGAAAGGUAGAUCCACCUGCCUGUGCUGCCCCGCCUUCUGCUGCCCCGCCCUCUGCUGCCCCGCCCACACCGACCAACGCUCCAGAAACGGUGAUGGCGAGCAACGGGGAGGCGGUGGCAGCAGGAAAGAAGAAGCAACCGUGUAAAUGCUGCACCAUCAUGUGAUCAUCAUGUGACUGAGACUGAACUAACUCCACCCACUCCACCUUUCCCUUUAAUAACAUGACAUCACUUCCUGUUUUCGGCUGUCAUUUCAACACACCUGCUGAGAACACUCAAGUACAUUAGCAUUAGCAUGUUAGCAUUCCACUCUCCAGGUGUGUUCGCCUGUAUGCCUGUCUGUUUUCUAAAAGAGGAAAUAAAAUGGAGUUACCGUGAAGCAGA